CGCGCGAGAGACGGACACAGCCCUGCCGGCGGCGCGCGCCUCUCCUCCGGACUACCUGCAGCCCGAACCCCGCCGCGCGCUCCCGGUACUUUGAUGGGGACUUGGAUUACCGCGCGCGACCAUGCCGGUGAUGAAAGGACUGCUCGCGCCUCAGAACACCUUUCUGGACACCAUAGCCACGCGCUUUGACGGCACACACAGCAACUUCAUCCUGGCCAAUGCUCAGGUGUCGAAGGGCUUUCCGAUCGUGUACUGCUCUGAUGGAUUCUGCGAGCUCUCAGGUUUUGCUCGUACUGAGGUCAUGCAGCAGAGCUGCGCCUGUAAGUUCCUGUACGGUCCUGAGACCAGCGAGCAGGUCAUCCUGCAGGUGGACACGGCUCUGGAGCAGCGCAGCGAGCUCAAAGAGGAGAUCAUGUUCUACAAGAAGACCGGUAGUGUAUUCUGGUGUCUGCUGGACAUCGUGCCCAUUAAGAAUGAGAAAGGAGACGUCGUGCUCUUCCUCGCUUCCUUCAAAGACAUCACUGACACCAAGGCCAAGGCCUUCAUCGAGGAGAAGAAGGAAGGGCGUCGGCGUGGGCAGGUUAAGGGUGGGUCUCCGUUCAGCUCGGCUCGUCUGCGCUCCAGUACCGUCCUCUACCACAUCUCUGGACAUCUUCACAACCGGCAGAAACAGAGCAAAAUCAAACUCAACAAGAACGUGUUCGGCGACACGCCGGCGCUGCCCGAGUAUAAGGUGGCAGACGCCAAGAAGUCAAAGUUCAUCCUCCUCCACUUCAGCACGUUCAAGGCCGGCUGGGAUUGGUUAAUUCUGCUGGCUACCUUCUAUGUAGCCGUGACUGUUCCCUACAACGUGUGUUUUAUUGGUGAUGAGGAAGAUAUGCGCAGCACCACGGUCAGCGACAUCGCCGUGGAGAUUCUCUUCAUCUUCGACAUCGUGCUCAGCUUCAGAACCACGUACGUCAGCAAGUCGGGCCAGGUGAUCUUUGAUGCUCGGCAGAUCUGCAUCCAUUACCUCACCACAUGGUUCAUCAUAGACCUGGUGGCUGCGCUGCCCUUCGACCUCCUCUACACCUUCAAAGUCAGCGUGGUGUCUCAUCGUCAGGUGUCGGUAGUUCACCUGCUGAAGACGAUCCGGCUGCUGCGGCUGCUGCGGCUGCUGCAGAAGAUGGACCGGUUCUCUCAGCACAGCACCGUGGUUCUGACCCUGCUCAUGUCCAUGUUCGCCCUGCUGGCCCACUGGAUGGCCUGCGUCUGGUACAUGAUCGGCAAGAAGGAGAUGGACAGCAACGCCCACAAGAACAACUGGGAUAUAGGUUGGCUACAUGAACUGGGAAAACGUCUGGAGUCUCCCUACAACGUGACGAGUAAUGUUACCGUCAGCGGUCCGUCGCUGCGCAGCGUCUACAUCGCCUCGCUCUACUUCACCCUCAGCAGCCUGACCAGCGUCGGCUUCGGCAACGUCUCCGCCAACACCGACGCCGAGAAGAUCUUCUCCAUCUGCACCAUGCUGAUCGGAGCGCUCAUGCACGCGCUGGUGUUCGGUAACGUGACGGCCAUCAUUCAGCGCAUGUACUCACGCUGGUCCUCGUAUCACACGCGCACUAAAGACCUGAAGGACUUCAUACGAGUGCACCACCUGCCCCAGACCCUGAAGCAGCGCAUGCUGGAGUACUUCCAGACCACCUGGUCCGUCAACAACGGCAUCGACUCCAACGAGCUCCUGAAGGACUUCCCGGAUGAGCUGCGCUCAGACAUCGCCACCUACCUGAAUAAGGAGAUCCUGGAGCUGGCGGUGUUCUCGUCUCUGAGCCGGGGCUGUCUGCGCUCGCUCUCGCUGCACAUUAAGACCUCGUUCUGCGCUCCGGGAGAGUACCUCAUGCGGCAGGGCGACGCUCUGCAGGCGCUCUUCUUCGUCUGCUCCGGCUCCAUGGAGGUGCUGAAGGAUGGCAUGGUGCUCGCUAUUCUCGGUAAAGGAGAUCUGAUUGGGGCUAACCUGUCUGUGGAAAAUCGUGUGAUAAAGACGAAUUCUGAUGUGAAGGCCCUGACAUACUGCGAUCUGCAGUGCAUUAAUCUGAGGGGACUCUAUGAGGUGCUGGACCUUUACCCCGAGUACUCCCACCGCUUCGUCCAGGACAUCACCCACGACCUCACCUACAACCUGAGAGAGGGUCAGGAGCGUCACGUAAUAUCCAGGUUAUCCAGCAAGGCCAUCGACACACAGGGGUCAGGAAGAGGUAAUGGAGGCGUGGUGCAGUGUUACCCGCCCAUAGCGGAGCAGCAGGAGGAGGAAGACGAGGAUCAGAUCCUGUAUCUGCAGGCGGUGGAUGAGGAAACUGAACACAGACACGACAAGAAGCUCCAAAUCCAGCAGACUGCAGUGAUCAAUCCAGAUCCCUCUAACCUCAGUCCCAGGGUUGUUGAUGGGACGGAAGCUAGUGAAGGAACAGAACAACCCACAGCAUUCCCAUUCUCACCCGGCCAUCAGAACACCAGCUCAACCACCACAAACACCAGCAAAUCAGAAAUCCUACAGAUCAGCACUGCAGAGCUCGCAGCUAAAGCUGAAGAGACCAGAGGACAGUUACGACACCUGGACCAAGAGGUGACCACCCUCAGCCAGGAAGUAGCGGAGUUGGGCCGGGUAAUGCGGAGUCUCGCCUUCCUCAUGGAAUCCAUGAUGACCUCAUCUCAACUCCCCAAGAUCUGCAGCCCUCACUGCACUCCAGCACACUCCUCUCCCUCAUCCAACCUCACUGAAGGCCAGGCCACACCCUGGAUCAUUCACUCCCCUUCCUCACAGAUCCAGACUGAAAUACAUGCUGGAGGACUUGUGACCUUCAGGGCACAGGAACCGGAGAUAAUUUGCACCUCUCCGUCUCGCUGCACCUCAGAUACCAGACGCUCUAUUACCCUCCCCACUUCACAACUUACGGACCGCACCACCGAUACCCUGUCGCCCAGAUCAACUCUGAGCGAAGCUGGUAGUUUAAGGAGCCGUUCACAGAGUCUGGAGACCCCAUCCAUACAGCUCCACCUGCCCAAACAUACCCCUGGAACUCUACCCCGAGCAGGCCAGACUUCACUGGGGCAGGGGACGGGUCACAGGCCCCUGGGUUUGUAGCAUCAAAGCUUUAUUAUGGACCAAGCAAACUCCAGUGGCCAGAUGAACUCGGAUUUCUUAUCAGAUUCAGAUUCAGACUGAGCAUGGUAGACUUACGCACAACAUAAAAGCCAUGCAGCGAUGGCUGUGUGUUUUAUUACUUAUAUAUUUAAAGGCACAAUUGAAUGGAAGACACUAAAGGGACUUAUAACUUAUAAGAUAAACAUUAAUUUAUCCCAUUCCUGACCAGAGCACUUUUAAUCCCGGUCUAAUCACAUCCUAAAAAAAUCUGAUUUGGGCUUAAACCAAGCCAUAGGUCUUCCCGAUGAACGUCCAUUCAUCAGAUUUUUACCAACAUCAUUUCCUGAGCGUUUAACCCUUUAAAACCUAAACCCUAUGCACAAAAAACACAAUAAGAUGCUUCUGAGUUAAUGUACCAAUGUACUUUUUGUGGAACAAGCCUUCUAAAUGGGGAUCUUUUCGGACUAAUUUAAUUUGUUUUUUGGCUAAAAUGUCUUGGUAGUUAAUUUCUUCAAAGAACGCCUUGCACAAAAUGGAUAAGUGAUGUUUUUGAACUAUGAAAUUUACAGCUUGCCCAAUGAAGUUUUUGGGCACUUUAACUGAUAAAUCUUUGGUAAACCAACCAAUCAGAGCAGAGAUAUUUACAUAUUUCAGACCCCUAGAUAAAAGAAAAAUCAUUGAUUUGAGGUACAAUAGCAGGGUGGUAAACAGGUUCCUCCAAUGACAUCUGAGCAUUUUUCACACAAGACAAAAACACAUUUUAUACACCCAAAAAAACAUUUGAAUAUUUGUGAGUCGAGUACGUAGUAAAAAUUGGAAUCUAUACAUUUUAAAACUAUAUUAUAUCGAUAUUUAAAGUUAAAUAUUUAGAUAUUCAGAAUUUGGUCACUUUCAUUGGACAGUGUUACUAAAGGAAUAAAAAAAAAACUUUGAUUAACUUUUAAUUGCACAUUUUAAAAGGCAUUAUUGUUUAAUAUCUUCAAACAGAAGUUUAACAUGUUCCCAGUGUUUAAGUAGGAUACAAACAUCCAAAGCAUCCAAACAUCUUCUUGCACUCACAUUCCCCAAUAUUCAACUCCUUAAACCCUAUAUAUACAUAGACCCACACAUAUUUACCUUCAUAACCAUAUUAUUGCUAUAAUUAACCUCAGUUUAAUCAGCCCUAAAAUAGAUCCCUGUGGGAUCCCACAAGAUUCAAGUCAACUUGUUGCACAAUCUUCACAUUAGUAGUUUCUACAUUAGAAUUUAUCACAGAAUAAUAAAAAUUGAGGGGUUUGAGGGGUUACGGGGUUCUUUGAAGUAAUUCACAAUCCAGGAUAAAAACCCCAAAUACACAAAAACAUAGUACAGUCCGUAUCUCGUACUGGAGUGUUUUGAGGAGAACUCAGGCCCAUCUCACAGACGUCUGGAACGUGUUCUAGAUAAUUAUCCGGUGAUUUUUUUCUCUUUUUUAACUCUGUGGACGACUGCGGUCAGAAAGUCCCUUUAGUUUCUGCCUGUUUGUUUUUAAAGCAUGUAAUAAAGGGGUUGGAGUAGUGUAGUAGUAGGUCAUUGAGACACUGUGUAGAGCUAUUAGCCACAGUAGAAAAGCAUGAAGGUCACCUUGACAUUGUGUUCAUGUGUUUCUAUCUGUCUGUCUGUCUGUCUGUCUCUCUGUCUGUCUCUCUCUGUCUGUCUGUCAGUCUGUGCAUUUUUCUCCAUGGAUGCCCCUCAGGGCAGGAGAGGAACAGCAGGGACAUGUCUUACGCAGUGUGUGUGCGCGUGUGUGUGUGUGUUUUGAGUGAGGAGGUAUUUAAGGAACAGUCUCUGGAGGAAGAGUGAUGUUGAUGUAUGAUGAUGAUGAUGAUGAUGAUGAUGAUGGUAUGGGUUAGCUGGGAGGAAGGGGGUUCGUUGGAGAUGGCGAGGCUGAACUGCUGAAUGCAGGUUUUGAGUGGUUCAGCCGCCUGGUCUCAAGUUGAAUUCGUACAUAUACGACUAAAACAGCUCAUAUACGACUCGUACACUAAAAAGAAUUAUGCGUAAAAUUUACUUUAAAAAGUUUCGUAACUUUCUGCAUUUGCUUUUUUUAAGUAAAUUUAAUUUCAGAUGAAUUUAAGUAUCUUCAACUCGGUUUUAAGACUUAAAUAGAGUUGCAUAGAGUAAAUAAGUGAACUGAACUUCAGUCAAUCCUUUCUUUUAGUAAACUUUACUUCAUUUCUGCAUGCAGUAUUA